CAGCAGUAUGGGCACCAAAUAAUUUUCCUGUAGUUAUGGUAGAUAGAUAUAAACGCCUAUAUAUAACAGUCCUUUAAACCUCUCGCCUGUCUAUCAGACUCUCUCUCUCUCUCUCACACUCCCUCUCUCUCUUUUGGUGCGCAGGUUAAGGUACUGAGAGAGAGAACGCACCCCAAGACACUUAACCAAUGGAUCGCAAGUCCGUGUUUGGUAUAGCAUUCAUCUGCAUUGUCGUCGCCGGCGUCGGAGGUCAGUCCCCGGCGGCAUCUCCGACCACAACUCCAGCACCACCCACUACCCCCACCGCGCCAACAGCUUCUCCCCCCACUUCCACCCCAGCACCACCAACAGCUCCAGCUCCCAAAACCGCGCCCGCGGCUGCCCCACCUACCGUCGUCUCAUCUCCGCCCGUUUCAGCCCCACCACCGGCGACUCCUGCUCCAGUCUCAGCCCCACCACCGGCUACUCCUCCACCAGUCUCAGCCCCACCACCGGCUACUCCUCCACCUGUCUCAGCCCCACCACCGGCUACUCCUCCGCCGGUCUCAGCUCCACCGCUAGCUACUCCUCCUCCGGCGACCCCUCCGCCAGCUGUUCCUCCGCCGGCUGUUCCACCACCAUCACCGCUGGCUUCUCCGCCUGCUGCGGUUCCGGCGCCUGCUCCAAGCAAGAAGCCGAAGUCACCGGCGCUUUCUCCGGUGGGGUUGAGCCCUCCGGCGCCGCCGACGUCAUCACCGGCGCCAAGUGUCGGGGCUACUUCGCCUUCACCGACGUCUUCUCUUGAUCAGAGUGGAGUUGAGAAGUUAUGGUCGGUGGAGAAGAUGCUCGGGAGCUUGAUCGCUGGAUGCGCUUUCCUUUGUUUGCUGUUCUAAAUGGAGGUUUCCGACUCUCUAUUUUCUGUUCCAUUUAUUUCUUGUCGUGUUAGUAUUGGCCUUUAUUUUUAGCCUCUGGCGAUGGGACUAUACAUUUCUGCUGAAUUCUUUGUGAGAGAUUUUUUGUGGAGCUUUUGUAUUGAGGGGAGUUAUAUUUGAAUUAUUACUAUUAUUAUUGCCUUGUUUCUCUUC